ACCACGUGGGAGCAACAAUGAAACAAUAUGUCGGCGCCCAUGCACGAAGGACCGACAGCUGACGGUUGCGUUUUCUAAAGCCGCCUAGCUCUGAGUUAAUGGUAAAGAAGGCAAAGAUCUGAAAUGUCCGACGUACCUAAUGAAACACCUGCUGGCUCCUCGGGCGAUGGUGCCUGGUCCAUGCCCCUGCCAGCGUUCACCAAGGAGGACAACCCGCAUGGCGUGCUGUGCGAGAGUGCAUUUGCCACCCUUUUCCCCAAGUACCGCGAGAAGUACCUGCGCGAGUGCUGGCCUCUGGUCAAGAAGACGCUCUCCGAACAUGGUGUGAAUGCAGAAUUGGACGUCAUCGAGGGCAGCAUGACAGUGACGACCACGCGCAAGAUGUGGGACCCGUACAUCAUUCUCAAGGCACGCGACAUGAUCAAGCUCCUGUCUCGCAGCGUGCCCUACGAGCAGGCCAUCCGGGUGCUGGAGGACGGUGUGGGCUGUGACAUCGUGAAGAUUGGCAGCCUGGUGCGAAACCGGGAGCGGUUCAUCAAGCGGCGCCAGAGGCUGCUGGGACCCAAUGGCACCACACUCAAGGCCAUUGAGUUGCUGACCAACUGCUACGUCCUGGUGCAGGGCAACACGGUCGCCGCACUUGGACCCUACAAGGGGCUGCAGCAUGUUCGCAAGAUAGUGGAAGACACGAUGAAGAACAUCCACCCCGUCUACAACAUCAAGGCCCUGAUGAUCAAGCGUGAGCUGGCCAAGGACCCCAAGCUGCGCAACGAGAACUGGGAGCGCUUUCUGCCGCACUUCAAGGCCCAGACGCUGUCCAAGCGCAAGAAGCCCAAGAAGCAGCGCGUCAAGGGCGAGUACACGCCCUUCCCACCACCACAGCCCGAGAGCAAGAUGGACAAGGAGCUUGCCUCGGGCGAGUACUUCCUCAAGGAGCAUGAGCGCAAGACCAAGAAGAAGCAGGAGAAAGAGCAGGCCAAGGCCGAGGCCGAAGCCCAGCGCCAGGAACGCCGCAGCAAGUCCUUCCAGCCGCCACAGGAACCCAAGUAUGUGCCCAAGAAGCAGCCAGCAGCCAAGAAAGGUGAGCACAGCUGUCGUGAAUUGUGUUGACUGAGUACGGUGAAG